GUAUUCAAGUACAACAAGCAACUCACCCUUUCUCCCCGACUUAUAACUCCCCCAAACCCUAAACCGCCAGCUCACGCCUCCCUAGAUCUCUCCCUCCCUCCCCCCCCCACCAUCGCUUUUCCGGCAAUGUGAUUCCGACCCCAAACGGACUACCACAUUGUCGUUUUACAGAUGGCCUCCGCUUGCGUCAACAACAUCGGGAUGUCGCCGGAGAAGUUCCCUCCGGGGCCGUUCCGGUCAUACGGAUGGCUGAGUCCUAGAAUCUCCUUCAGCCGCGAGUCCCCCAGCGACGACGGCGCUUCGAAGCUAGGCGGCGGUUCCAAGGCCUCGUCUCCGGUGAAGCAUCCGCCGGAAGGUCCAGAUCCGGAGAUCUACUGCGGCGAGUUCGAGUUCCGGUUGGAAGAUCCGGUGGCUAUGCUUCCCGCCGACGAGCUCUUUUCAGGCGGGAAGCUCAUGCCGCUUCAGUUCUCCUCAGUCAAAGUUGCGGUCAACGAUCCCACUUCGACGGAGGAUACCAGAUCGCCAGACACGGCCAAGUACCUCCGGGGACCCGAAUUAAUCGGUGCGGACCCGUACCUAUUUUCUCCCAAGGCCCCGAGGUGUUCGAGUAGGUGGAGGGAGCUCUUAGGCCUAAAGAAGCACCAGAACAGCACCGCCACCACCAACGGUAACGCGAAGAGCGAGGGCCACAAAACGCCGGCGUUUGUGAGCUCAAACGCGCCUAAAUCUCUGAAGCAUUUCCUUCACAGGAGUUCGAAAUCUCUGUCCUCCUCCCCCUCUGGCUCCGACGCCACCCUGAGCUUGCCGUUGCUUAGAGACUCGGACUGCGAAUCGGUCUCGAUUUCUUCGCGCCUCUCGCUCUCCUCCUCGUCUUCUGGCCACGAGCACGAGGACCUGCCACGGCUCUCGCUCGAUUCGGACAAACCGAACCCGAUCAUUUCUAUCCACCGGACCAACCCGGGGCAGGCGCGGGUGCGGAUGGUCAAGACUCGGGAGGCGACGAAGCAGAGAUCGGCGGCUGAUCAGUCGAGGGUGGGACGGAGUCCGAUGAGGGCGGCGGGGGAAUCGGGUACGGUGGCGAGCAGGGGAGUAUCGGUGGACUCGCCGAGAAUGAACUCGUCGGGGAAAAUAGUCUUCCAGAGCUUGGAGCGUAGCUCGAGCAGUCCAAGUAGCUUCAACGGUGGGCCCAGGUUGAAGCACAGAGGAAUCGAGCGGUCCUACUCGGCCAACGUCAGAGUGACUCCGGUUCUCAACGUUCCGGUUUGCUCCCUCCGCGGUUCGUCCAAGUCCGGGUCGGUUUUCGGGUUCGGACAGCUAUUUUCGGGUCCGGCCCCGCAGAAGAAAGAAGGAAACGGCAGCGUUUCCGGCCACAACCGCGGCCAGCACAUCCAUUAUAGUCAUCAUCAUAGUCAAAGUAAGAACCGGACAGACCGAACCGCCUGAAUCCGGAAUUCGGGGAACCCCGAUUUGACGGCGUCGUUUCAUUCAUAUUUUCCGCCGUGUUUUGUAUGUAAAUAUGAGGCAGAUUCUGAGGGUCUGAUCCUGAUGUAGCUAUGUCGUUGUUGUGUUCAUGUUUAGACUUUAACGGUGUCGUUUAACCAGUCCAACCAUCCACCUUCUUCUUCCAUUAUCAUUAGUGCAAGACUAUUCUCUGACCUUGGCGGGUGGUUGCACGCGCGAUGGAUGCUCGUAGGACUUGCAAACUAGGCUGUGCGACUGCUACAAUCAACAUGCUGAACUUAUCCAUGUACUGUUUUUCUUUUUCUUUUUGGAAUUUUUAUUACAGUGGGUGGUGCUGUCCUUUUUCAUUUGA